UUGAGGUUGAUAGGUUUUCCCCCCACAAAUCCAACAUCCCCACAUAUAUAAAUACACCCAUCAUCCUCCUUGCAACAGUGAUUCAGACUCCCCUUUGUCUUCUUCUCCAUCUUCAUAACACCUAUGCCUCUUCAUGUUCAUGGCAUGUAAUCUAAACAUCAUCAUCAUCAUGUACAACAACCACCACCAACAAAACUCAGACCACCCUAAGUCCACCUUCAACCCACCCAACAGCCCCCGCAUAUCCUUCUCCAACGACUUCGCCGACGCCGUUCACUCCCGCCAACAAACCCUCAAACCCUCCCGUGAUUACCACGCGCCGCCGGUCUCUUCUGACUUUGAGUUUUCUGUCUCCAACAACUCCAUGUUUACAACCGCUGAUGAGCUCUUUUUUAAGGGCCGUUUGUUGCCGUUUAAAGAUGCUGCUUCCGGAGCUGUUGUUGGGCAGAAAACUACCCUCCGGGAUGAGCUUCUUGCCGGAGAUGACGAUGAUACUGCCGGAGUUUCUUUCCGGCCACCCAAGGGUGGUUCUGGUACACGGUGGAAAGGGUUUUUGGGGCUCCGUAAAUCGCAUAUUGGGUCGAAAAGAUCCGAUAAGGGUGAUGGGUCUCGGUCGGGUCAAGAUGCUGGUCAUGCUUCUAAAGCUUCACAGGAAAUGGUGAAUGAAGGAGGAGGAUCAAGGGAUAUGGAAUUUAGGAUGCAAUGAGAGAAUGAAAGUUGUAAAGAGGGAAUGGGUGAUUUUUUUAUUGGAGAAUGGGGUCAUUCUUGUAAUUUUAGGUAGAGGAUUGGGGUUAUGUUAGGUAUUUUCAGUGCAUUUGGGUAUCACCAUAGAAGUUAGGGUAUGACUGGAGAGUGGGAUGAAGGGUGAAAUUGUAAUUUUGGUAGAUGGAUAAGUGGAUCUCUAACAGUCAAUUUGACUUCAACUUCAAUCUCUUUCACAAGAUUCUCCUUUUUGUUUUCUUGUCUUUUGGGUAUCAAACAAUUGCAACUAUCCCUUCCUUUC